AUGGCAAACCUCGCAACCGCAUCUGCAACUGCCACCGCUCCGGCCGUUGUGCCGCGCGUGCCCAUCCCCGCCAACGGCGUCGACUACCGCAACAAAAUCGUACUUGCGCCAAUGGUCCGGUCCGGCGAACUACCCUCACGCCUGCUGGCCCUGAAAUAUGGCGCCGAUCUCGUUUGGGGCCCGGAAACAAUUGACCGCUCUUUGAUCGGUGCCGAGCGACGCGUGAACCCACGAAACGGCACGAUCGAAUUCACUCGCAUGCCCAGCAACGGCGGACGCUCCAACAAACCAACCAAAGAAUCCAUCAUCUACCGCAUCGACCCAGCGCGUGAAAAAGGCCGACUGAUCUUUCAAAUUGGCACGGCCAACCCGAGGCUAGCAGUGGCAGCAGCGCGCGUCGUGGCCGCCGACGUCUCAGGUAUCGAUGUCAACUCCGGCUGCCCGAAACCAUUCUCUACAAGCGGUGGCAUGGGCGCUGCCCUCCUCCGCACCCCCGAUCUUCUCGUCUCGAUCCUAGAAUAUCUUGUUAAGGAAGUUGGCGAACCCUAUAAUAUCGGCAUCUCAGUCAAGAUUCGCAUCCUCUCGAACCCCGAAGAAACAGAGGCCCUUGUCUCCCGCCUUGUGAAAACAGGCAUCACAGGCUUGACAGUCCACUGUCGCACAACUCCCAUGCGGCCCCGCGAACGCGCAAUCCGUGACCAGCUCCCCAUGGUAGCGCGUAUAUGCCACGAGGCUGGCGUGGCGUGCGUGAUGAACGGCGAUGUGACUUCGCGUGACCAGGGUCUCGCGCUGAUGGAUGAGUACGGCGUUGACGGUGCUAUGAUUGCGACCUCCGCGGAGACCAACUCGUCUUGUUUCCGGACUCAGGAGGAUGGCGGCGUCGCGCCGUGGCGGGAUGUCGUCUACGAGUACUUGCGCUUCUGUAUUGAGUCGGAGAAUCGUCUGGGUAACACCAAGUACCUGCUUAACAUGCUGAUCCCCGGCAAAGACAAGGAAUUUAAGGAUGCGAAGCUGUCACGGUCGUAUCUUGAUAUCUGCCGGGCGUUGAAGUUCGAAGAUUUGCUUCCUGCUGCUGCGGGUGUUGAUCUGAUCCUCGGUCUGGAUGAAAAGUGGGAGUCUGCCCCCAGUGUGACCGAUACAGAAACCCUGCCUGAGCCUAAGUCUAAAGCUGUGCAGAAUGCUAUGGAGUCUGAAGCUGCUCGUGCGGCUGGCGGCGGUGCUGUCCGGACCAAGACGGCCUCGCCAGCUGUUCAUGGAGGUGGUCCCAUUCGGCGGUCCUCUGCUCCUCAGCCAGCUAAGGUUACCCAAGUUGAUGCUGAGCAGCCAGCUGUUGAGUCUACUACUCCCGCUGCGCAGAGUCAGGCUCCCUCUCAGCUGACGGUGUAA